UCGGCGGCCCCGGGCGCAGGCGGCGGGCGGAGCGGCGGACGGCGCAGGCCGCCCCAGGCGCCGGGCUCGGCGGAGCGCGCCGGACGCGUCGGGGCCCGCGGCCGCCCGCGCCUUUCAAUGGGCAGCUCGCACUUGCUCAACAAGGGCCUGCCUCUCGUAAAAGUUUGACCCUGACCCAGGCUGCAGUGGUUGCAGUGGAUAAGACGCUUAAGAGCUUUGGUUCGAGGAAAAUUAAGGACGUGAAAAUAAGGAUCCACUGACAGGACGCUGUUCUGCCUGGGAAUUCUGAAGAUAUAACGCUUUGAAAAGUCGAAUUCAUGGUCGUGGAAACCGAGCUCAUGUUAAGAAAUGUCAGGCGUCCGACCCCCGAUCAUGAACGGGCCCCUGCACCCCCGGCCCCUGGUGGCGCUGCUUGACGGCCGGGACUGCACCGUGGAGAUGCCCAUCCUGAAGGACGUUGCUACCGUGGCCUUCUGCGACGCGCAGUCCACACAGGAGAUCCACGAGAAGGUCCUGAACGAAGCCGUGGGCGCCCUGAUGUAUCACACCAUCACUCUGACGAGAGAAGACCUGGAGAAGUUCAAAGCCCUCCGAAUCAUCGUCCGGAUCGGCAGUGGUUUUGACAACAUUGAUAUCAAGUCAGCUGGGGACUUAGGAAUCGCGGUCUGCAACGUGCCGGCAGCGUCAGUGGAGGAGACGGCGGACUCAACCCUGUGCCACAUCCUGAACCUGUACCGGAGGACCACCUGGCUGCAUCAGGCGCUGCGGGAGGGCACGCGGGUCCAGAGCGUCGAGCAGAUCCGGGAGGUGGCCUCUGGGGCCGCCAGGAUCCGCGGGGAGACCUUGGGCAUCAUCGGACUAGGCCGCGUGGGGCAGGCGGUGGCGCUGCGGGCCAAGGCCUUCGGCUUCAACGUCCUCUUCUACGACCCGUACCUCCCGGACGGCGUGGAGCGGGCGCUGGGGCUGCAGCGCGUGAGCACCCUGCAGGACCUGCUCUUCCACAGCGACUGCGUGACGCUGCACUGCGGCCUCAACGAGCACAACCACCACCUCAUCAACGACUUCACCGUCAAGCAGAUGAGACAGGGGGCCUUCCUGGUGAACACGGCCCGCGGUGGCCUGGUGGACGAGAAGGCGCUGGCGCAGGCCCUCAAGGAAGGGCGGAUACGUGGCGCCGCCCUGGACGUGCACGAGUCGGAGCCCUUCAGCUUUAGCCAGGGCCCCCUGAAGGACGCACCCAACCUGAUCUGCACUCCGCACGCCGCCUGGUACAGCGAGCAGGCGUCCAUCGAGAUGCGUGAGGAGGCGGCACGCGAGAUCCGGCGGGCCAUCACAGGCCGCAUCCCAGACAACCUGAAAAACUGUGUCAACAAAGAGCAUCUGACAGCCGCCACCCACUGGGCCAGCAUGGACCCAGCCGUGGUUCACCCCGAGCUCAAUGGGGCGGCCUACAGCAGGUACCCCCCGGGCGUGGUGGGCGUGGCCCCCACCGGCCUCCCGGCUGCCGUCGAAAGCAUCGUCCCCAGCGCCAUGUCCUUGUCCCACGGUCUGCCCCCCGUGACCCACCCGCCCCACGCCCCUUCUCCAGGCCAAACGGUCAAGCCCGAGGCUGAUAGAGACCACGCGAGCGACCAGUUGUAGCCGGGGGCGCUGCGCAGCCCUGGCCCGCGGAGGGGACGCGCCUGGACGGCAGCCGCGGAGGCCGGCCCGGGUCCCCAGGCCCCCGGGGAGCCGCGCCCUGCCCCCGCCAGUGGACUCCUCUCUGUCCUGUCCUACGCGUCCUCCGUUUAAGCAAAAGAAGUUAGUAGUUAAUUAUAUCAUGGAUGUUCUUGUCUGUGUACAGUUUUUAGAACAUUGGGAAGGAUUUGUUUGCUUAGCUGUCAACCGAGAGCGCCCGAGGGAGCGCCCCGCGAGGCCGGUCCCCCUUCUGUGCUAAGCGCCCGGGACGAGGCAGCUGGUGAACGUCUCAGGACAAGGAGUACCCCCGUUUUCCUUUCUGCGCCACACAGUGCAUUGUUCUUUUCUACCUGCUUGUCUUAUUUCUAGAAUAACUUAGAAAAACAGACCCAAGGCUGUUUUUUCCUAAUUUUGGCAUGACCCCUAUUCUACACGAAGCAGCGCUGCCAAGCGGCUGCGAGGAGAGGAGAGGUUUGUCCAGCGCCUCGGCCGUGGCCGCGCGGACACCUGCCCAGCGGGGCGCGGCUCCCGCCCGCCGGUGCCGUCCUGCUGACGUGGUAGGCUAGCAAUAUUUUGGUUAAAUCAUGUUUGUGACUGUAACCAUUUGUAUGAAUUAUUUUAAAGAAAUAAAAUCCCCAGAAAGAG